AGCUUCAGUUUCUCUCAGAGUCUCUGAGGCUGACAGAUGAUGAAGAUGAUGAUGAAGCUGCUCCUCUUCCUCUGUGGGGUCCUCUGGGUCUCUGCUGAUGUUCUACAUGAGGACCUUGCUAUCGUUGGAUGUUCAGACUCUGAUGGAGAGAUGAUGUACGCUCUGGAUGGAGAAGAGCUUUGGUACGCCGACUUCAAGAAGGGAAAAGGAGUCGAUCCUCAACCUCCUUUUGUUGUUCAUACGAGCUACAGGGAAGGAGUUUAUGAACAAGCUGUGGCUAAUCAACAGGUCUGCAGAUCAAACCUGAAGGUUUGUCGCAGUGCCAUGAAGGACAUUCCAGAUGAAAACGAUGCCCCCUCCAACCUGGUGAUUUACCCCAGAGACGAAGUGGAGCUGGGAGAGAAGAACAUCCUGGUCUGUCACGUCUCUGGUUUCUAUCCGGCUCCGGUCAACGUGUCCUGGACCAGAAACGGUCAGAAAGUGACUGAAGGAACCAGCAUCAACGUUCCCUUUCCCAGUAAGGACAGCAGCUUCACCCAGAUCUCCAGGCUGGACUUCGUCCCUCAGAUUGGAGACAUCUACAGCUGCUCAGUGGAGCAUCUGGCUCUGAAAGAACCACAGACCAGAACCUGGGAUGUGGAGAUGAACAAUCCUCAGUCCGGUCCCGGUCCGGCCAUCUUCUGUGGAGUCGGUCUGACCGUCGGCCUGCUGGGAGUCGCUGUGGGAACUUUCUUCCUGAUCAAAGGGAACGAGUGCAGCUGAUUGGCUGGAGCUGAUUGGUUAAAGCUGAUUGGUCGAUGGUUUAUCAGUGAUUUAUGUUCAGUUUUUUUAUUCUUCUUCACUUGAAUCAGUUUCUUCAUCACUGAUGUAAAUUUAAUAUAAACUAUUUAGAAAGUUUAAAUCUUCCAUUUAUAACAUUAAACUUUAAUCUGAUGUUUUUAUCAGUGAACAAGUUUUACUGUCAGUUUGUUUCAGUUAAUAAAUGAUCAAUUAUUUCUAUCA